AAAACGUAAACGGGCAAAAUCAGAAGUGACAGAAGUAAUUCUGGUUGUCAUUUGUCAAAUUUUGAAGAUCAUACAGAACUUGUUUGUAUCGAAAAAUCGUUUAACUGGAAUUAGUUCCGGUUUAUUUAAAAUUAGUAUACCAAGACAAAAACAUUAAGGCUUUAACAGAAAGAAUGUCGAGGUUUAGACUGCGACGGCAAUACGAUGGGUAUGUUUCUGUGCCUCAUGAUGAUAGUGGAUUUUCAGACGCUCAGUUUGAGGUGCCUCCUUUGAAGAUACCCUGGAAAGCUCUAAGCUUGGCUGCUUUUCUAUUUGUUGUGGGAACAUCGUUAUUGAUUGUUGGAAGUCUUAUAGUCACCGGUCAGAUCGAUACAAAGUAUUCCGACCGUCUCUGGCCUAUGAUUGUUUUGGGCUGUAUCAUGUUUCUCCCUGGUGCAUAUCAUAUGAGGAUAGCUUAUUAUGCUUACAAAGAGUAUCCAGGAUACAGUUUCGGAGACAUUCCCGAGUUUGAAUAGUCUGCGGUUAUUUUCAUUGUUACAAAUAAUGUAGAUAAUUUAUUAAUACAAUAAUGCUGUAAAUAAUUGUAGCAAGGAUGCGGUGUGCAUCCAAAUGUAUUGUUUUCAAUUAAGUUAACUGUAAUUUAGUGCAACAGUCUUAUUUGAAACCAGUUAGAUUACUGAUAUGAAAUUAUGGCAUAUGUACUCAUUUCUUUGUAAGUGGUCUCAUUAAUAUUGUAUAAUAUAAUUAGUAGUUGUCGGACAGCUUAGUUAUAAUUAUUUAGUCUCUGAAUUAAUUGUAUUUGAUUUGUAAAUUUGUUACAAUUGUAUAAAUACUAUACAUUAUAUAGUUUAUAAACACAAAUGAUCUGUUCUAUUACAAGUUAUAUUUAAAAUAAACAAACCAAUAAUCCUC